GCAGAUCCACUGUGUGAAAAUUACUGUGGAAGAAGAGACUGACAGAAACAACGAACACUAAAUUAUUUUCUCAUGGCGACAGUCCAAGUGCCUGGUCGUGUUCCCGGUGAGACCUCCUGGAUCUCGGUGUGUCCCGGUGGUCUGUGGGAAGUGCGUCGAAAGCGACUUGGAGAAAGAAGUCGAGGAGACAUUACGCCUAUGAUGGGCUCUCUGUGUAAAGUCAAGGUGCGGAGAAAGACGGUUGCGGAGGAAAACACACUGCCUACUACUUCUCCAGAGCAAGAAUCAACAGCUAGUGUUAACUGUAGCGAGCACGUUACCUCAUAUCUCCGCUCGCAGGAGUCUGUGCUGCAGGUUCCUCUGGAUGAGUGGCUGGUGUUGCGCAUGGGAGAGGGCCAGUGUGACAUUACUGAGGGCUGCUUGGAGGGCAUGAGGGCUGGAGAGAUGUGUGAGUUCACAGUAAGUGCCUGGAAUGCAGCUUGCUGUGAUGUUGAUGGUACCCAGACUAAAAAUACAACAUCGCAAGCAUCAUCUCAGACCGACUGCUUUACACUGGAGCUUCAUUCUUUAACCCCGGGGCAAGAGUCUUGGCAGAUGACAGCUGGAGAGAAGUGGGCUUGGGUUCUGUCUUACAAACAGGGAGGUGGUCUGCGGUUUGGAACAGGAGAUAUCUGGGGUGCGGCAGACUGUUACUGCAGAGCUGUAAAACUGGCAAUAACUUUACACGUUCAGACAAGAGGAAAACCAGUGGACGAGACGCCUAAAGAAGAUGAAGAAAAAGAAGACGAAGAUGAGGAUGAAGACGAAGGUGCAGAAAGUCCAAAUGACUCCACCACUCCAAAUGAGGAGGAGUACAAAACUGUAAAAGCAGAACUUCACUGUAAUCUCUCUCUAUGCCAACUUAAGUUAGGGCAGCUCGGUAAAUCCAAAGACAGCAGUAUUAAGGCCACAGAGUUGAACCCAAAGAGCACUAAGGCAUGGUACCGGCGUGGACAAGCGUGCCUGCAGCUUGGCGAACUGGAGGAAUCCCGCAUGGCCUUUGGAAAAAUUCUAGAACUCCAACCUGAUUCUGCUUCAGCUCGCACUGCUCUGAAACAAGUGAACUCGAAGUUAAAAGACCUAGACAGUAAACUUGGUCAAAGGCUGAGCAAGAUGUUUAACUAGGAAUUACUUCAAAGAAUUAUUUAAUAAAUAAUAUUGUGAAACUGAUUCCUGUAAAGUGCCCAUAAGUAAUGUUUUUGGUCUUUACUUGUAGUCCAAUUUCAGAUUUUAAUGCCUAAGUAUGUUUACUGUAUGGGUAGUAUGUACUAUCUUCAAUGUUUAAUGUUGUGAUUUGUUAAUGCAUAGAUCUGUAUAAACUUGAAAGCUGUGUGAAAUCACAAGGCUAUUAGGACAUUUGCUGAAUGUACCACUAAAUGUUUAUUUUAUUUUUGUAAAAUAAGAGGAUAUCGCUUUAAUGUUUUGUUCUAAAACAUGAUUUUUUUAUUCUGCAUUUAUAACUGCUGUUGAAAAUGGUCAAAAUCUGUGUUGCUCAAUAUU